AUGGAGUGCGUUGAUGUGGUGGAAUGCGAUUCGGGUGUCCAAAAGGUGGAUCAGACAGAGCUUUUAGACGUGAUGGUGCUCAAGACGUGCGGACAAUUGGUAUUUGAAUUAUUCGAGAGGUUUGGAAACAACGACGAGAACUCGACGGGUGGUGACACCUGCAGUAACACUACGAUAUCGUCGACUGCCACCGCGGACAACAGUGAUGGAUUGUCGAAUAGCAGCGUGGGAGACACGUACCACGACGUGCUGAUGGUCCGCAMUUUUGACAAGUUGUACGACGUUAUGUCACAAGACCUGGAAAAAGUCAACCCAUGUUAUCAGACGCCACCAAAACUUCAGCUUUAUCAUAAGUUAAAACAUUUCGUGUGCUWUUAUCGGUUGCAUCAGAUCAACAGAUAUGUUUUCGGAGACGAACCCUAUCAGAAUUGGGGACCAGACUCUACGGAUGCACUGACAACGGUCCGAAAAUGGCGACUAAAAUUUGUUGACGAAACAAAAGUGAUGGGCGAUCUGAUGAAAAGUUAUAAAAUGGCAGCCACWAACAAAGAACUGCAUUCAUAUGAAGUCGCCAUGGUCGCGUUUGCCGUUUUUGGUUUUUUACUAGGAUACGAUGUCUCAGUUGAUUACAACAUUUUGUUUAUGUUUCAUCACAUUGAAAACAUUKUCGAACCACUAACUUUUCAACAUGUUCACAAUUCCGUGCURCGGAACGCUAGGUUAUUUUUGGAAAAUCACGCUUCUGAAGAAGACGAAAUAUUUUUUGAAUCUUUGGCUGAAAAUGAAGGUAUCGUAGCCAUAUUUAAUUGGAUAUUUGAUUUGUUGACUGAGCAGCCAGAGGCCAUUGACAAAUUCACCGGUAACCCUUUCCAAAGUGUUGAAUGUCAAAUUUACGACGUCAAUGGAAAAAAAAUGGCUCCCAGUUACAUCAUAAAGUUACGAGUGUUUUAUAGAUGGGUUUUAAUGGAAUUUUUUGAAUUAUUGAGUGGUAGACUUCGAGAUCGAAUGUCAUUAUUGGAUUACCAAGUCAAACAGUGUCUGUGUUGCCUAAGCGAAACAUCCUGGUUGAAAUUAUUUGAAAACGUUUAUAUGUACGCGUUGAAACAUUUCACAACGAUCCUCAGUGAAUACAAUUGUCCAGAACAUAUGUUGAAAACUUUUCGCGAUAUGUGGGAAAAUGAAACGUUAAAAGAUAUCAUCAUGUUUUGUGUAAGUAAACAGGUUGACGACAACACCUAUCUAAAGCAUCGGGAUAGUUCUACGGAUUCGAACGAGAGCCUUGGAUCGUCUUAG